AUGCUUCCGAAAGAUACAAACAAACAAAAGUUGGUUAUACAAGCAAUGGCUCAAUCUGUUGGUCUUUCACCUAUACCAAUGGCUCCUGGUGUUUCACGAUCAUUACCAUUAGCAGUCAAAAAGACUGUUCUUCAUUUCUGUGAACGUGAUGAUAUAUCGUAUCAAAUGCCAGGUAAACGUGAUACAAUUGUUGUCAAAGAACAAAAUGGUAUUAAGAAAACUUAUCAAAAAAGAAUUUUAUUAUUUAAUUUACGUGAGGCACAUCAAAUGUUCUUGCAAGACAAUCCAGGUAUUGAUGUAUCACGCUCAGCCUUUGCUCAAUUACGACCACAAUAUGUUGUGGUGAAAUCGUCCAUGCCGCACCGCGUGUGCGUAUGUUUAUAUCAUGAAAAUGUCAAUUUACUUAUUGAUGCAUUAUCAAAAUAUGUUAAUGGAUCAACUUGUUCUGAUUUUCAAUCAUUCACCACAGUGCUUGUCUGUGAUGAAUCAAAUGAACAAUGUGUGUCAUCAAAUUGUAAUUAUUGUUCUAAUAAUUUUAAAUUAAAUAUUGAAAACAAGAUUAUUGAUGAAAAUGUAAAAUUAAAAUGGUUUCAAUGGAACCACAAUCGAGAACGUGUUGAAAAAACAGAACAAGAAGGUACUGUGAAGGAAUGCAUACAACCUUUAUCACAGAAAAUAAAACAAUAUUUGAAUCAUGUAUUUAUUAAACGUCAACAAAGCAAUUUUUUUGAACAAAUGAAGGCAGAUUCUGAUGAAAAAUCAAUAGUUGUACAAGUCGAUCAUGCAGAGAAUUUUGCUAUAGAAGAACAAGAUGCUGUUCAAUCAGCACACUGGUCCACUAAGGCAAUUUCAAUUUUUACUGCACAUGCCUGGUGUGGUCCAUUGGAUUUCUCAUUUGCUUUGCCUUCAGACAAUAUUAGUCAUAAUAAAUAUUGUAUUAACACCUGUCUUGGUUAUAUUAUUGGUGAAUUGAAACAAUAUUUACCAGAUUUAAAAACAAUUAUAUUUUUUAGUGACGGUGCUGCUUCCCAAUUCAAGCAGCGAUUUUUAUUUCGGAACUUAACAAGAUUGUCAAUUGAUUAUGAUUUAAAUUUAUCAUGGAGCUUUUUUGCCACCAGCCACGGCAAAGGCGUGGUAGACGCCAUUGGUGGUACCGUUAAAAGACUGGUUUGGCAAGAAAUUAUGACUAAACAGCAAUGUAAAACAGCAGCCUGUUUCGUACGUCUUGCCAAAAGCGAAACCAAUACCAUUAUUUUACAUGAAAUAACACAAGCAGCAAUUGAUGCAUCUGAACAAAAAUUGCAACAGAUAUUCAAUGAUACAAGAUCUGCUCGAGAUACACAAAAAUUACACUAUGUAACUGCUAUACGUGAAGAUAUUAUUGAAUGUCGUUUAUAUAGUCAAUCGACAAGUUGUUGGACAGUGAAUUUUUGA